AAAUUUAAUAUGAUAAGAAUCAUAUUAAAAAAUUUGGAUAUCCUUUUCUCUUUUUUAUGAUUGCAGAGGGGCUACAAGGUCUGGUACAGAGAGCAGUAAAGGAGGAAAUGUUGCACGGGAUUGAGAUUGGAAAGAAAGGUUUGUCAGUGUCGUUGCUCCAGUUCGCGGAUGAUACAAUUAUAAUGGGCAGAGCGGAUGCGGAGAAUAUACGUAUGGUGAAGGACAUCCUAAUAUGGUUUGAGCUUAUGUCGGGAUUGAGGAUUAACUUUAGCAAGAGCAACGUUUUCGGUUACAAUGUGUCGGAAAAAUGGCUUAAAGGUGCAGCGAGGAUGUUACAUUGUAGGGUUGGUAGAGCACCUUUUCUUUAUCUGGGAUUGCCUGUUGAUGGCAAAUUUGGGAGCAAGAAAUUAUGGGAGCUGGUUGUAAAUAAAUUCCGUGCCAAACUCGCUGUCUGGAAGGCCGCUACUCUUUCCUUUGGAGGCCGCCUCAUCUUGCUAAAAUCGGUACUCUCUGCACUACCCAUUUUUUAUAUGUCUUUAUAUGUAUUACUAAAUUCUGUGCUUGAGGAGUUGAUUAGAAUUCAAAGAAAUUUUUUAUGGGGCGGGACAGGGUCAAAUAAGAAAAUUUCAUGGGUUAAAUGGGAAGAUGUAUGUCGUGAUAAAGCCAAAGGGGGUCUUGGGGUGCCAGAUUUACAGAGGAAAAAUUGGGCAAUGAUAGGAAAGUGGUGGUAUAGGUUAGGUGACGGGGUCGAGAGUUUAUGGAAAAGAGUGGUGAGGGAGAAAUAUUAUGGAGGUAGGGAGGAGGUCGAUAUUACUACAAUUGAGUGUUUAAGGGUGUCAAAGCUUUGGAGGGACAUUAUAAGGAUAGGAGGUCUAUCUCUUAAACUUAGGAACAUGUUAGUUGAGGGUUUCAAGUGGGAGGUGGGAGAAGGAAAUAGAGUGGAGUUUUGGUCUAAUAGGUGGGUUGGAGAUAAAAGUCUUAGGGAUCUUUUUCCAAGGUUAUUUGCAUUAUCUGUAAAGAAGGAGGGUAAGGUUUCUGAAAUGGGGACUUGGGAGGAGGGUAGAUGGCGUUGGCGGGUAGAGUGGAGGAGGGGUACAAUAGGGCUAGAGAAAGAUGAGGAGGAAUUGUUGGAGAAGGUGCUGGAGGGUGUCAAACUAAAGGAGGGGGCUGGGGAUGUUUGGAAGUGGGUCCAUGUGAUGGAUGGCAAAUAUGUGGUGAAGCUAGCGUAUGAUUUUUUAGCUUCUACGGAGAGGGUUUUGGAGGACCAGAUGUGCAAACUAAUAGGGUGUAGGUUGGUGCCAUCCAAAGUGGCUUUUUUUGGGUGGCGACUGUGUUUAGAUAGACUCUCAACAAAGAAUAACUUGCAAAAAUGAGGGAUAUUGUUGCAGGAGGGGGUUUUUUGUGAAUAUUGUAAUGGGAAGGUGGAGGAAGUUAAUCAUUUAUUUUGUGUAUGUGAUAAUGCGUGGUUAGCUUGGACUCAGGUGUUGAGUUGGUGGGGCUUAGAGUCUGUUCUGCCUAAUACAGUUGUGGGAUUGGC